GACGACCUUUUCGACAACGCCCAAUACUUUGACGCCCUGCCACGAUUUCCCUCUCCCGACCCCUUCCUCCCGCAACCUUCUCAAUCGCAUCACGAUCCGCCACCCAGCAACCAGCAAGCACGUCGCCCUGCACAACAUAUCUCCCAAUACCGCGUCGCGGGCUCCGAAUCCCCGGACCCUUUCGACGAUUUCCUCAACCUUCCAAGUCCGAGAGACGAGGCAACAAUGCCCACCACGCGCUCCUCUUCUGUUGUCGACCUGACUGAUUCCUCACCCCCGAAGGUGGCACCACUUCCACCUCCAAGCCGAAAACGAAAGGCAGAGACACCAGGCGAGGGACGAGCAAGCAAGGCCGCGCGACCAACCAGCUCUUCCUCUUCUUCAAUCAGACAGCAAAGUCUAGACGGUGAUGUCCAGGUCGUAGAUCUGGUGGAUGUGGAAGAUGAGAAGCAGUACGAGGCGCUGCGGGCAAAGGAGCAGGCGGAGUUAGUCAAGGCGCAGAAUGAAGCAGAGGCGAAUAAACCGGUUAGGUUGGCGGCGUUUGAGUGCAUUAUUUGCAUGAGCAAUCCGACGGAUUUGACGGUUACGCAUUGUGGACAUCUCUUUUGCUCAGAAUGCCUGCAUCAUGCUCUCCACGCUGGGGACAAGAAGUGCUGCCCUGUGUGCAGGACGGUGAUCAAUCCUGGAAAACCUGGGCAGAAGACACCGAAGACUGGGGUUUUUGCGUUGGAGAUGAAGCUUAUGACGGCGAAUAAGAAGGGGAAGCAA